AUGGACCGCGAAAAGCGGCAAUUCCUAGCCACACAAUCUGAAGCUUUGGCCUCAGGCAUUGGAGUGGAUAGACUAUGGACCCAUGCGUCAGCUUUGGUUUGGAAAGAAAUGUCCUACGUUGUUGUUUCUUGUACUGGUCUUGUGGCUGCCCUUGACUCAGCCUUACUUGCAUCAGAAGGCAAGGCUUUGCUUGAGAGUGGAUGGUGGAAUGGCUAUGACAACUUCACUUCACGUCGUUGCAGGUGGCCUGGUAUAUUUUGUAAUCAUGCUGGAAGCGUUAUUGAGAUUUCUCCACCUUCAGAGUUCCUCAAGGUGAGAAAUAAGUUUGGGGAGAUGAACUUUUCUUGCUUCUCAAACCUUGUCCGGCUCGAACUGGCCAACCAUGAGCUCAAUGGGACCAUCCCAUCUCAAAUCUAUAGCCUUCCAAAACUCAGGUACCUCAACCUGUCCUCAAAUAAUCUGACUGGCGAGUUACCUACUUCACUUGGAAACCUCAGCCGAUUAGUUGAGCUUGAUUUUUCUUUCAAUCAUUUCUUCACUUCCAUCCCUCCAGAACUAGGCAACCUUAAAAAUCUAGAGAUUUUGGACGUGAGUUAUAAUAAGCUUAAUGGUCCAAUCUCUCAAACAUUGGGUAGUUUAGCCAAGUUGAGGUCUUUGAACCUUCAUCGCAACCAAAUCAAUGGACCCAUCCCUUCAGAAAUAGGAAGUUUGACAAAUCUAGAAAAUUUGGAUCUUGGUUCUAAUAAACUAGUUGGUUCAAUUCGUCCUAUGUUGGGUCGUUUAUCAAAUUUGAGGAUCACUGGUCCAAUCCCUUCGGAAAUAGGAAAUUUGAAGAACCUAGAUAGUCUAUAUCUCAAUUCCAACUACAUCACUGGUUCAAUUCCUUUUGCCUUAGAUCUAUGUUCAAACAGAAUCAGUGGUUCAAUUCCUACUACAUUGGGUAGUUUAAGCUAUUUGAAAGAUAUAGACCUUUCUCGCAACCAAAUCGAUGGAUCUAUCCCUGUGGAAAUAGGGAACUUGGCAAAUUUGGUUUCAUUAGAUCUCAGUUUAAACAAGAUUAGUGGAAAUGGACAGCUAAAAGCAGCGAUUCUUGUAACUUCACUGAAAGCUGGAGAUGAUAGAAAUAUGGACCCAUGCAUCAGCUUUGGCUUGGAAAGACAGUACGAAACUACACAAGAAAGACCAGACGAACUUGACUUGGAACUAGCCUAUGAGAAUGCCAUGCACUCCAUUUAUUAUAAAUCUAGCGUUAUCAUCGAAGGCAAGCAUUAA